AUGUUCCGAAGCGCAACGAAGCUCCGCGCCGCCGAGGCCGGAGCAUUACGAUCACUCGCACAUGCAAAGGCCAGCCCCUCCUUCUGCUGUGCCCGCAGCACGCGUGCCCUCUCCACCUCUCCCCGCACUCCGCUGAAGACGCAGAGCCUCUUCCAGCGCCGCCAAUUCAGCGUCACCAGCAGCAUGGCCAACACACGCACCGAAAGCGAUGCCUUUGGCGAGAUCCAGGUCCCGUCGGACAAGUACUGGGGCGCCCAGACGGAGCGCUCGCUCGAGAACUUCAAGAUCAACCAGCCCCAGGACCGCAUGCCGCCGCCCAUUGUGCGCGCCUUCGGCAUCCUCAAGGGCGCCGCUGCCACGGUCAACAUGAAGUUUGGGCUGGACCCCAAGCUCGGCCAGGCUAUCCAGCAGGCCGCUGAGGAGGUGGCCUCGCUGAAGCUCAUCGACCACUUCCCCCUCGUCGUCUGGCAGACGGGCUCCGGCACCCAGUCCAACAUGAACGCGAACGAAGUCAUCUCCAACCGCGCCAUUGAGAUCCUCGGCGGCACCAUGGGCUCCAAGAAGCCAGUCCACCCCAACGACCACGUCAACAUGUCCGCCUCGUCCAACGACACCUUCCCCACCGUCAUGCACAUCGCCGCCGUUCUCGACUUCGAGGAGUCGCUCCUGCCUGCUCUCGCCAGCCUGAGGGACGCGCUGAAGAAGAAGGCCGACCAGUGGGAGAGCUUGAUCAAGAUUGGCAGGACACACUUGCAGGAUGCCACACCCCUGACCCUCGGCCAGGAGUUCUCUGGCUACGUACAGCAGCUCGACUUUGGCAUUGAGCGGAUAAAGACCUGUCUCCCGCGCCUCAAGAUGCUGGCCCAGGGUGGAACAGCCGUCGGAACUGGCAUCAACACGUUCAAGGGCUUCGCAGAGGACAUUGCGUCGGAAGUCAGCAAGAUGACCGGCAAGGACUUCGUCACGGCACCCAACAAGUUCGAAGCGCUCGCUGCCCACGACGCCAUCGUCGAGGCCCACGGCCAGCUCAACACCCUCGCAACCUCGCUGUUCAAGAUCGCCCAAGACAUUCGUUUCCUCGGCUCUGGCCCGCGAUGCGGUCUCGGUGAGCUGAAGCUGCCCGAGAACGAGCCUGGUUCCUCCAUCAUGCCCGGAAAGGUCAAUCCCACACAGUGCGAGUCCCUCACCAUGGUCUGCGCCCAGGUCUUCGGUAACCAGGCCGCUACCACCUUCGCUGGAUCCCAGGGUAACUUCGAGCUCAACGUCUUCAAGCCCGUCAUGAUCCGCAAUCUGCUCCACAGCUCGCGUCUGCUCGCCGACGGCAUGAGGAGUUUCGAGAAGAACCUUGUUGCCGGUCUUGAGGCGGAUGAGAAGCGCAUCAGCUCUAUCAUGAGCGAGAGUCUCAUGCUCGUUACCUGCCUCAACCCCGUCAUCGGCUACGACGCUGCCAGCAAGACCGCCAAAUACGCACACAAGAACAACCUUACGCUCAAGGAGGCUGCGCUCAAGCUCGAGGUCAUCAGCGAGUCGGACUUUGACAAGUACGUCAGGCCCGAGCUUAUGGUCAACCCUUCCGAAUACAAGCCGAAGAACUAG